GUGGAAAGGAAGCUCCCAACUCAGUUUCAGCUUGAUUUCUGUCUUGCAAACCAGAUGCCAUUGUUGCUAUUGGCGGAGAUCUGCAGGGGCUUCUAACCUGACUGGAGUGGCCAAGGAGCUGCACUCUCCAAAGCGGGAGGGGGAAGUUGGAUUGAGGCUGCUCUCUUCUGUGAUUUCUGCUGGAGCUGGCUAGCCAGUGAGGUGCAGUGGCUAGGAACCAAGGUGGGGCCACCGUGCAGGAAGCGACUACACUGAGCCCAGGCAGUUUUCAGAGGCAAAAGCUUCAGGAAAGAACUCUCUUUCCCAAAAAGUGUUCUAGCUCUGGUAUGACAGAAGCUCUCAGGUGAUCCUUGGUGAAACAAUUCCUGCCACUUUAUUUCUUCUGGAUAGGGUCUUACAUACAUUUUGGGGUGAGUUGGGGUCUAACAGCAGAUCCGUUCUAUUAGGUUGGUCUGAGAUGUUAGGGAUGCCUCAUCUGCAUGUGGAGGAGCUUGGGACGCUACCCCUAUGUGUGACUAAUUGUCACAAUCCUUUCCAUGGGGUGCUGUGGGCCUGGUCGAGAGCAGAUGAAGUGCCUACCGUCCUUUGGUUUGAGGCGCUGGGGCUUCUGAACCCACUCAGCCUUACCAAGUAUCCUGGCACUGUCCACUGCCCUACAACCAUAUGAUACUUUUCUCCCUGUGGUAUACUGAUGAACAGAACCCUUCCACCAUGCGCCUCAGUUUUGCCAAAAGAGAUCUGUGCAAGAACCUUCUUCAGAAUCACUGCACCAUUAGUAAAUAAACGAAAGGAGUAUUCAGAGAGAAGAAUUAUAGGGUACUCAAUGCAAGAAAUGUAUGAUGUUGUAUCAGGAAUGGAGGAUUAUAAGCAUUUCGUCCCUUGGUGUAAAAAAUCAGAUAUAAUAUCGAGGAGAUCUGGAUAUUGUAAAACCCGAUUAGAAAUUGGGUUUCCACCUGUUUUGGAGCGAUACACAUCAAUAGUAACCUUGGUAAAACCGCAUUUGGUAAAGGCAUCUUGUACUGAUGGGAAACUUUUCAAUCAUUUGGAGACUAUUUGGCGUUUUAGCCCAGGUCUUCCUGGCUAUCCAAGAACUUGUACCUUGGAUUUUUCAAUUUCUUUUGAAUUCCGCUCCCUUCUGCACUCUCAGCUCGCUACAUUGUUCUUCGAUGAAGUCGUGAAACAAAUGGUAGCGGCCUUUGAAAGAAGAGCAUGUAAACUCUAUGGUCCAGAGACAAACAUUCCUCGGGAAUUAAUGCUUCAUGAAGUUCACCACACCUAAGAGGAAAAUAAGAGCUGCCUCCACCUACUCUUGGCUAGUUUGUUCACUUUCAGGUAGUCCUUUCGCCAUCCAUUGAGAAGCCAGAAAGCAUUUGUUAAACCUGCCUUGAUUCUAAGCCUGCUCCAUUGAAAAUUUGCACAUUGAAUAUGGACCCACUUGUACAUAGAAUUAUUUCUUCAAUCAAGUGUAACAUGUACAUUUCUAGGCUCCUUCUGCCUUUGUAAUAAUGGAUGUCAUCACUGUUGCCAGGAUACCACAUUCCUCAUUUGAGUACACAGAUGAACAAGUCUUUUAAUUCUCACCUUACAUGAAAGGUUAGCUGAGAUACAAUGUGUGUUACAUUUACCAUAUCAUGUUUAAGUUAUUAGGUUCAGAGUAUUUGUAACUUAUUGUUAUUGGGCAUGCCAUACGGCUUAGGGUAUUUGAGUAAUCAUAUAUUUAACAUUAAAACUUUGAUUUAAAGUACUGCUAAUGAAGUCUUAGCACUUUGGGUAUUUUAAAUUGUUCUUAUGGGUAGCAGUAGAUAAUUCAGUGUUGUUGGGAAGUUGCUUCCCAGAUAUACUGAGUGGGGUUUUUUUUUUGUGUUGUUGUUUUGUUUUUCAUUUUUUGUUUUAUUUGGUGAGUGGUCCAGAGCUCUGAGCUACUUUUCUAGACAUUUGAAACUUCCCCCAGGUGCUUUGCACUUUCAAAUGCUGAUUGUGUUGUCAGAAUUUUGUCUGCUGCUGUAGGCAACAGAUAGGUAGUUAAUAUGUCUCCAGCACUGCACAGGCCAUUUUCUAUUUAUUGUGCAUAUUCGCUUUCAAUAAUAUUCUAAACUGAUAUUUUUUUUAAAAAAAAAAAGACAAAUCAGUGUAAGGGCUGAAGUCAUGACUUAAUAAAGUUAAAUUGUUUAUUUUUGUAUUGUGA